CGCCAUAACUUUCUUCAACCUUAAUAGACAUCUUUGAAAUAUGACGACCUUAAACAACACAACAGAAGAUUUAGGGAGCUCAGUGACAAUUUCAGAGUCUCCAUUUUGCAUGCUAAAUCCAAAGUGGCAAAACCUGAAGAUUUUUUUUAUAGCACUGAAUAUUCCUCUCUCCAUCACGGCGUUUUUGGGCAAUCUUCUGGUUAUUACUGUACUUUGGAAGGUCCGCAGCUCCAUGUGCCUUCAUCCUUCCUCAAAGCUUCUGUACAGUUGUCUUGGGUUCGCUGAUCUGUGCACGGGUCUUAUUACACAGCCUCUGUUAGUCGCCUUCAUAUUCUCUCCAAAACACUCCAAAGGUUGUCUCUAUCUACAAAUCCCGUAUGUCCUCACGAGCACAAUUUUACGAGGAGUCUCGGUGCUAACAGUGACUGCGAUCAGUGUGGACAGAUAUUUGGCUUUGGUACUAAGAAUGAGAUACAGAACCAUGGUCACACUUACAAGAAUACGGACUCUUCUGGCUGUUUUUACCCUUUACACCAUCAGCGGUUCAAUGUUGUGGCUGUACAAAUUUCGCAUUGCCGCAGCCUUGACUGCUGUAACAUUAUUGUUGUGCUUUUUGACAGCAAGUUUCGCUUACUUGAGAAUUUAUCUAACCUUACGCAACCACCAAAUUCAAGUUCAAAAACGUGUCUUCCAGCCACGAGAACAAAAAUUCCAAAUGAAUAUGGCUUGGUACAGUAGAACAGUGACUAGCGCGUUAUGGAUACAGUUCACAUUACUUUUUUGCUAUCUUCCAUUUUCUACAGUCAUAGCAUUACGUGCAGUCAUUGAUGUUAGUAAUAACCCUCAUGCAUCGGCGAUUGAUCUGGCAUGGUACAUCACAGGAGUUCUGUUUUUGUCAAACUCAUCAAUAAACCCGAUACUUUACUGCUGGAAGAUUAGAGGAGUGAGAGCUGGAGUGAAGGACAUAAUCAGACAAUUUUGUCGUUUCUGAAGUUUAAGGGGAUAGUUUCCUCAGUUUUAGGCAAUAAUAGAAGUACUGACUGUCAGUACGACGUAGUAGCUUAAAUCUCAGUGAGCUGAAAGGAAACGAAAAGAAAAAAUAUAUUAAACAUUAUCGCCACAUUUUUUUUAUGACAACUCAUCAUCCAAAAGUAGUUUUUUAAAAACGUUUGCAUUAAUUUUAAUCAUGCUUCGAUCUCCUCUGGUAUAGCGUCUUUUUAGUAGUCAUGGACCUUGUGUCAAUAAAGAAAAACUAAGCUUGGUAAAGGAAUACAAGGAGGUCAGCGUAGGAGAGAAAGGAUAGAAAAAUUCAAUAAGUUGUCUUCGUUAAGCGUUCGCUAAAAUAAGUCCCUUUUAACAUGUUGUGAUGUUUUCUUUGUCGCUGUUUGUCGGUAAUAAAUUAUUCACUUCCAGGAACACGUCGAAAACUUUUGUUCUUCGAUAAGAAAUUGUCGCCUGUGGUUCCCUUCUCCUAUACUGAGAAAAAUGAAUUGAAGUGAAAUAUUC